ACAACUGCAACCAGGAAGUCAUGGCGUCGAUAAAUAUUGAACCGCUUCAUUUAGAAAAGGACAUCAACAGAGCAAUUGACCUGCUGGAUGCCUUACAGAAAAGUGGUCAAGUCCCUCCACAAAAGUUAGCUGCACUACAAAAGAUUCUCCAGAGUGACUUUCUGAAUGCUGUCAGAGAGGUGUAUGAACAUAUCUAUGAAACUGUAGAUAUAACUGGAAAUGAUGAAGUCAGGGCCAAUGCUACAGCUAAGGCCACAGUUGCUGCCUUUGCUGCUAGUGAAGGACAUGCCCACCCGAGGGUUGUUGAACUUCCUAAGACUGAGGAGGGAUUAGGUUUCAAUGUCAUGGGGGGCAAGGAACAGAAUUCACCCAUAUACAUUUCACGUAUCAUCCAAGAUGGCGUUGCUGACAGACAUGGAGGACUUAAGAGAGGUGACCAGUUAUUAUCAGUGAAUGGUAUUAGUGUGGAGGGAGAACAUCAUGAAAGAGCUGUAGAAUUAUUAAAAGAAGCAAAGGGAGUUGUUCGUUUGGUAGUCAGAUAUACCCCUCGUGUUCUGGAGGAGAUAGAAGCUAGAUUUGAUAAACAAAGAAUGUCACACAGGAGACAGACCCCAUAAAACUGUUGUCAUUAUCAAAUUUAUCAUUUAUACAAGACUUUUCAUUAGGAUCAUACAUGUACACAGUAACUGUAUAAGUAUCGGUACAAUUUAUUUCUUAACUGAACACUAUUACUGGUAGACUGUUGUGUACUAUAAUAUUUUAUAAACAACAGAAGUAUCUAUUAUUAUUUCGGAGUAUGAAAUUGCCUUUAGUAACAUGAGAAACUGAUUGAUUAUUGUAUUUGAUAGACAUAACACAUCUAGAAUGAUAGAAUUUGAGAUUCCCUUAUUUUGUCACUAUUUUCACAUUUCCCAACUGAUUGUGAAAAAAUUGUUCUCCUCACUAGUGAAAUACUUGUUCUCGGCAAAUGAUUGGUAGAAAUUUAAUUAUGACGUUAAAUUUUCUUGAUUUCUUCUGAAUUCCCGAUUGUGACGUCAUGAAAAAAGGCGACCAUGCCUGAUGACGUCACAUAUAAAGAACACAACUUUCUGCAAAUCUUUGAAAAGGAAGGAUAAAAAUCAUUAGAGAAACAGAUUCCACCACUAUAACUCGUGUAUUACGAUAUUUCUCCACUCUCAACAGUUAAAUUUUAAUAUUUAAAGAGCUCGUCAAGCCUCGCGCUUGAAAUAUUAAAAUUUAACUGUCUUGAGUGGAGAAAUAUCGUAACACACUUGUUGCAAUGGUGGAAUCUAUAUUCCUUUUUUAUGUAUCUUAAAAUAAACUAAAAUUUUUUUUUUUAUUAUGGAUAGUUUAUACAUUUGUGAAAUACCAGUAAUAUGGAAUAUGAAUAUUUGAAAUUGUGAAAUUUUCAACAUAUUUAUAAACCAUAAAACCUAUUGUGAGAAUUGUGUUUCCUGAAUUAAUACUUGUGAGAAUUUGCAGGAAAUAAUUAUUUAAACAGGCAAAUCUAUUUAAUCUGAAUGUUAUAAUUUGAAGGUUAUACUUUUUCAUGUUUUUAGAAGCCAUGACUGAUCAAAUAUAUUGUAAACUUUCAUCUCUUGGCUGAUUUAAUUUCAAUCUGUAUGUUAAGGGAGUCUCCCUGAUCAUGGUGAUUAGUGUAAAUUUGUACUUUAAGACUAUUGAUUGAUUAGGUUAAAGGGAAAGAAGCAAAUGAAUCUGAAUGUUAUACUUUUUAGGGGGCAUUAAAACUGAAUCCUAAGGUUGUUUUAUUUUAAAGGAGCCUUGCUAAAUAAUUUGAACCUUCCACUUUUUUGGAGUUGACAAAUAGAAUUAUAUUAAAGGUUGUAUAUUUUAUUAGGCAAGGCAGACUGGUUUAAAAAUGAUAAAUUUUAUAAGCAUUUUGACUGAGAGAAAAUAGAUAUUUGCUGAUUUUCUGUUUUUAUAUUAAGAGAUUUUAUCAUGUUGUCAAAAGAACAUUUAUAUACCAUUAUGUGUACAUUUAUAUACCAUUAUGUGUACAUUUAGGUAAAUUUAGAAAUACAUUGUACAUUAAUGGGAUGAAGAUGUGUGCUUUUUUUUAAACCAGCUAUUUUAAAAAUUUAAAUAUAGAAUAAUGUUUCAGUUUGAACAAAUGUUGGGUCAUUCUAUACCAUCUGUAUCUGCUACGCUUACACUGCUGUUACUUCUUAUAGUUCUCUCAUUUUCAACAAAAUCUAGCAGCAGUUAAAAAGAAUAGAUUACUAUGUGAAAUUUUCUAGGAUAUCCACCCAGUAACGAGUUCAGACAUGUCAGAAAGUUGUUAUGUUUGAGUCUGCACCAAAUGUGAUAAACUGUUUAAGUAACUGUAAGUCUGAAAGGAGGAACAUGAAAAUCAUCAGUUACUUAACCAUAUAACAAAGAAUUUACAUCAGUGUCCCCCUUCUCAGAUCUUUCUUUAUAGUGCCCAUCUUUUACUUCUCUUUUUGACAAUGUAUUUCUGGAUGAAUGUUUGUUUUCAGAUUAUUUACAAUUUAUUAUGUUGAAAUUAUAUGGUGUAUGUUUUACUAGAAUUUAGGUUGUGAUUAUAUGUAAUAAAUCUUUUACUAGUU